AUUCAUUCCGGCUCGCAUUGGCACGGAAUUUAGCAGCGCUCGUGUCGUUUUGCAUCUCGUUUGCCCUCGUGUUGGCUCGCGUUAUCGAGUUAAACUCAGUUUGGUCUCACUCCUCCAGUCCCGUCACGCUCUUCUGUCUGAUUGGCUCCCUUUGUGGCUCCUAUUAUUGUUUUUGGCUGCGUUAUUUACGUGAUAAACAAUCGUCCAUCCCCUCUCUUCCAUCUCCCCUCCUCCCUCUCUCUCUCUCUCUUUCUCCGAGCGAGCUCUCAGCUCCCGACUCUAUUUAUAGCACGGUCCCGCCCCUCCCCUGUCGCUCGGCAGCUAUUUCCAGCAGCCUGAAGCAGCUCCAGUCUGUUUGUAAACUCCACGUCUCUAUACCUCUGCUCUCCCGUUCGCCACGCACGGCGGGUGAGGCUGCAGAGAUUCGGCUUUGAACAAUUCGCACUAAACCGAGCGGACGGACGGUUCACUUUAAGCCCAUUCAUCGGCGCUGUAACCGAGGAAAGCAGGAACGGAGGGACCGGCAGGCGAAAGUCUCCCCCGUUCUGUCGCUUUCAUCUCGUCCCGUCGCAUUUCGUCAUGGGGAAGUCUCUCUUUUGGAGUCCGCUGACACCACAUGCGUGACUUUAGACGUUUGCGGGAUCCAGGCGCUCUUGGAUACUGUUGCUGUGAAUUAGCACUUUGUUUCUGACAUCCACAAUUAGACGAGAAGGUGAUGUGGUUUAUGAAUAGACUCGUUUGUGCGGCCACGAAGCUGAUCGUUUGAACGCACAAUUUAAGGAUUUGUCUUUUACGGAUACCUGUUUUGAUUGCACCAUGGAACUAACAGGCAAAGCGAUUGUCGAUUCUUUGCACGCAUGUGUUUUUCGAUAAAGGACGUGCUGCUUUUUGCCAAGUGUUUGCAUUUUUCACUUUCUUUGCACGGAGAGUGGGUAGGCAUCUCCUUUUUGAUGUUAAUUCGUUUUUGCAUUAAUUGAGCGGCGAUAUUUUGAGACUGGCAUGCUUUUGAAGCCAACCGUACCGGGACUGUGCGCGAUGUUGCAGACGAUCUAUGAGACAGAGUCCUGCUUCUCCUCAGACAGCACGUCCAGCAGAGAGCGACCCGUGGAGCUGCUCUCUCCAUCCAGAAGCGCCAGCAUGCCCGGCACCGCAGUGGAUGUGAAGACCUUGCUACCCUCUGGGAUGCAGAGCCCGGUGGGAGGUGGAGGAGAUCAGGGCGGAGGCAGCGGAGGCCCGGUGGACCUGCGUACGGAUCCGCGUCUGGGCGCCCUAAGCACGGUGGACCCGGCGCUGAGGGAGAAACAGCUACAGCACGAGCUGCUCUUGCUCAAACAGCAACAAGAGCUCCAGAAACAGCUGCUGUUCGCCGAGUUCCAGAAGCAGCACGAGGUUUUGACGCGCCAGCAUGAAGUGCAGCUGCAGGAACAUCUUAAGCAACAGCAGGAGAUUCUUGCCGCAAAGCGUCAGCAGGAGCUGGAGCAGAAGAGGAAGUUGGAACAGCAGCGUCAUGAAGAGAUGGAGAAGCAGAGACUGGAGCAACAGCUCAUCAUGCUGCGGAACAAAGAGAAGGGCAAAGAAAGUGCUAUCGCCAGUACUGAGGUCAAACUGAAGCUGCAGGAGUUCCUGUUGAGCAAAAAAGAACCCGGCCCCGGUGGACUCAACCAUUCCUUCCCCCAGAAGUGCUGGGGGGCUCACCACGCGUCCCUGGAGCAGAGCUCCCCUCCGCAGAGCAACACACCGGGCACGCCGCCCUCCUACAAACUCCCCCCUCUGUUAGGCUCCUAUGAGGGCAAGGAUGACUUCCCUCUCCGUAAGACCGCCUCCGAGCCCAAUCUGAAGGUACGUUCACGGUUAAAACAGAAGGUGGCUGAGAGGAGGAGCAGCCCACUGCUUAGACGGAAAGACGGUACUGUGAUCAGCACCUUCAAGAAAAGGGCGAUUGAGAUCUCAGUGUCCUCUAUGUGCAGCAGUGCUCCUGGCUCAGGUCCCAGUUCUCCGAACAGCUCUAACUGUGCCAUUGCCGAGAACGGCUCCAGCGGAUCCGUCCCAAACAUCCACGCUGAGCAGUUGCGUUCACUGCAUCAGUCUUUGACUGGAGAUGGGACGCCGAGUCCCCUUAGCCUCUACACCUCUCCAUCUCUGCCCAACAUCUCUCUUGGACUGCCUGCCAACGCACACAUCACGGCUCCUCAGAAACUCAGUGCCCAGCAGGAGGCAGAGCGGCAGACAAUCCAGAGUUUGCGUCAAGGUGGGGCACUGACAGGGAAGUUCAUCAGCACAUCGUCCCUGCCGACGUGCCUUCCCACCGGGGCACCCCAUGACCCUGAGCCCCCCUCCGCCUCUAACAGCCACAGUAGCCAUUCCUCGCUGCUCCAGCACGUCCUACUGCUGGAGCAGGCUCGUCAACAGAGCGCACUUCUCGCAGUUCCCAUGUACGGGCAGUCUCCACUGGUAACGGGCGAGCGGGUGUCCAACAACAUGCGUACAGUAAAUAAGUUGCCUCGGCACCGGCCGCUAAGCCGUACACAAUCAGCACCGCUGCCGCAAACGCCACAGGCCCUGCAGCACCUCGUAAUGCAACAGCAGCACCAGCACUUCCUGGAGAAACAGAAACACUACCAGCUAAAUAAGAUCCUUUCCAAAGGGACGGAGCUUCCCAGGCAGCCUCCCACGCACCCUGAGGAGACGGAGGAGGAGCUUACGGAAACGGCAGAGAUGCAGGACGAGCGAGGGGAGGAGCUUGAUCAUGUCAGGGAGGGGCUACAGAAAGAGAGCUCUGGUGAGACCACACCCCCUUCUGAACGCCUGGUUCCGUUGAAGGGAGAAAGCACGGAAAGUGACCUGGAGGAGGAAGAUGAUGAAGAUGAAGCCAUUGAACUGAGGGAAUGUGAUGAAGAGGGCGCCCCCUAUGGCCAGUAUUUGGACCAGCAGCAUGUGCAGCAACUGAAUGUUUUCCAGGCCUCGCUGUCCAUCACGGGAAUGCCCCACAGACCCCUGGGAAGGGCACAAUCGUCCCCCGUCACUUCUAGUCUUAAAGGAGCGCCCCUGAACGAGGUUCCCAUUAAGCAUCUCUUCACAACAGGGCUGGUGUACGACACUUUUAUGCUAAAGCACCAGUGCAUAUGUGGGAAUACAAACAUCCAUCCCGAACACGCCGGUCGCAUUCAGAGUGUUUGGUCCAGGCUACAGGAAACAGGGCUGCUUGGUCGCUGUGAGAGGAUCAGGGGAAGAAAGGCCACGCUAGAUGAGAUCCAAACUGUUCAUUCUGAGUACCACACGCUGCUCUACGGCACCAGUCCAUUGAACCGACAGAAGCUGGACAGCAAGAAACUUUUAGGUCCAAUAAGUCAGAAAAUGUAUGCUGUCCUGCCAUGUGGAGGCAUUGGGGUGGACAGUGAUACAGUGUGGAACGAGAUGCACUCGUCAGGUGCCGUCCGGAUGGCGGUGGGCUGCGUCAUUGAACUGGCAUUUAAAGUUGCUGCUGGAGAGCUGAAGAACGGGUUUGCGGUGGUCCGUCCUCCUGGUCAUCAUGCUGAGGAAUCAACUGCCAUGGGUUUCUGUUUCUUCAACUCAGUGGCCAUCACUGCCAAACUCCUGCAGCAGAAACUCGGGGUGGGCAAGAUCCUAAUCAUAGACUGGGAUAUCCACCAUGGAAAUGGGACCCAGCAGGCUUUUUAUAAUGACCCCAAUGUUCUGUACAUUUCCCUGCACCGUUAUGACGAUGGCAACUUUUUCCCAGGCAGCGGAGCUCCUGAGGAGGUGGGUGUAGGUCCAGGAGAGGGCUUUAACGUCAACAUUGCCUGGACAGGUGGAGUGGAGCCACCUAUGGGUGAUGUGGAGUAUCUAACUGCCUUCAGGACGGUGGUGAUGCCCAUAGCCAAUGAGUUCUCCCCGGAUGUAGUGCUAGUGUCAGCUGGUUUUGACGCUGUGGAGGGCCAUCAGUCGCCCCUGGGUGGAUAUAAUGUCACCGCCAAAUGUUUCGGCCAUCUCACUAAGCAGUUGAUGAAGUUGGCUGGCGGCCGUGUGGUUUUGGCACUGGAAGGAGGUCACGACCUCACCGCCAUCUGUGACGCAUCCGAGUCCUGCGUGGCUGCAUUGCUUGGAGACGAGUUGGAUCCUCUACCACUGACAGUACUACAACAGAAACCCUGUCCGAAAGCCACAGCCUCUCUAGAGAGGGUCAUUGAGAUUCAGAGUAAACACUGGACAUCUCUGCAGAGGUUGGCUCCUACAGUGGGUCACUCUCUCCUGGACGCUCAGAGACGGGAGAAGGACGAGGCAGACACUUUGACCGCCAUGGCCUCUCUCACUGUGGACAACGAUCAGCAAAAGACCUCCACAGAAACCAGCAGACCAGCAGAGGAGCCGAUGGAGGAGGAGCCCGUGUUGUAGAAGAGCGAGUACAGUGCGUCACUGCUCCAACCUUCUUGUCCACGCGUGCUUGGCACCGGUCACCCUGACGUCACGCCUCAUGUUCCUCCUCCCAGCUCUUUGAUUGGUUCCCUCGGUCCUUCACUCAUUUCCAGGUGCUUGACUGACACAUUCACAGCCCACCCACUUUGGCUUUUCUAAAGGUUAAAGCAUAGCAAACUGUUGCCGAAAAAAGGGGACGACAAGGCCUGAUGGGUAAUUACAGGACCACUCCAGUGAGGGCUGAACAGCAGCUGGACAGGCCGAACAAUGGAGUGAGUGCUCUUCAGAGAGAGGCCUUUGAUUUCAUUUUCUCAUUGUAUUGGACUGAGGACGUGAAGAAGAAAAUGCAAAAAAACAAAGAAGAGGAGGAAGGGAAAAACAACACGACAGCACAGGGAUGUUGUCGCUCAGAGGGCCGUGAAACGCUUUGUUUUCUGUACAAAGUAUAAUGUACAAAGUUCCAAAAAAAGCCAACAAGCAGCAAAAAUACUUCAGCACAAAACACACACAUACACUCACUCACAAAACAACACGGUUCCUAAAAGAGGAACCUGAAGAGUCAAAACACCUUUUGCAGACAAGUAUACUCGUUUACACUGUACUGUGUCGAUUAUUUGGUAUACUUGUUCAUCUGUAUAGUAUCCUGUUAUGAAAAGCACACAAAAAUACGAGAAGUAUAUAAUAUAUAUAUAUAAAUAUACAUACAUACAUAUAUAUAAGCAUAUAUAUGUAGUUUUGUGUGUACCGUAUACACAUUUGAACAUACAAAAAACAUACUUUAUAUCCCUUACCGAACAUUUUCUUAUCAGCUGUGGUUGUACAUAGAGUAAAAAAGCCUGCAGACUUUUACCAAGAAGUGGAAGAACGACGGUUAGCCUUUUCUCCCAGAGAAAACAGUACUUUUUUUGGAAUAUAAGGCUUUGCUAUUACAUACUCGCACAUAAACGUAAAGAGAGGAUUUUCAAACCUUCGGUGGAGAACGAGGAAAGACGCAUUGUGGUAAUGUCUCAAGAAAGACUUUUCUUCUCCAAGAACUUGGUGCCUUUUAUACUAAGGAAAACAUUUGACAACACCAAUACUUAACGAAUCGCGAAUCCUCAGACUUAACGUUCACUGAUUUGUUUGUUUUCAAAUUGCCUUAAUUUUUUCAGCGAAAACGAAUUUUAGCCAUGAAACGACGGAGAGCACAAAACGAUUACUAUCCUGCCCCGGUUUCUUUCCAUUUCUUUCUUUCGUUUUGGAUGUAAAUGUUAUGUUCUUGGUCAAAGGUUUUGAUACUUUUUUUUUAUGUUGCUGUUCACAGACGAACGGACGAAAGAAAUUCAACGAUUGUUUUAUUUAUCAGUCCUGUGCGGUAGACUAGCACACGACGCGAUUGUUUUGGAAACACUGACGAUGUUGUGACCAACUUGUACAUUUAUUUGUUUGGCUCCCUCACGCUCUUUUAAACCUGUUUUGUUUGACUUUCUUUCCAUUGGCGAGUGUAAGCGGUGAGUUUUUUUAUGAAAACAUUUCCUUUUUGUACAAAAAUGUAAAAGACAACAAAAACGUCUGUAUCAGUGUUAAUUUCGUCAUUUGAUUUGAAGUAUUCUCUGAUAAGGAAUGUACAGCGUGGUACAGAUAUUAUCAAUGAUGUUGAUUUAUGUCACUGUGCAGUGCAUUUGGCAUUGUCCUUCUUCAGGAUUUAAGGAUAUUUUUUUCCGGCAAUAAGAGUGACUACCACUUUUCUUUCUUUGUUUGUUUGUUUAACACUAAAAUACGUUUGGUUACAUUUUCGUCAUCUUAUAGCUCUUUUACGCUAUGGAUAACGGCUAUUUUUCACCGGACUAAUUAGUAUUGUUCAUAACUGUUGACAGUUAGUCGUCUCUAGCUGUAUGCUGGUCAAUCACUUGCGCACUUGUGGAUGAAACGGCUUGUUUAUGACCCUGAAAUAACAUCCUUCAUUACAUUUUUGGGGGCCAAAUUCGACUAAUCACCUGUGUCACUUGGUCUGAGAGCUGAUGGCAAGUACUUUUCUUUCUUUCUUUCUUUCUUUAACGAGACUGAACCGGACCGCGAGCAUCUUGCACUAAUAACUUAACGGUAGGUCCAAACCUAAUCGCGUUUUGUUUUUACUUUGGGUUCUCAGACGCAAAUUACGAGGCAUUAAAAGCAAGCGAAAUCUCAGCUAACUCUCGUCAACGUUUUUCUCUGUGUGCGUUCGUUGAUUCAACGGUUGAUGUUGAAACGUUAGAAAUUUCGAAGCGCGUUUCUCGACUCUGCUCUCGUUUGAUUUAUUUAUUUGGAGUCAGAAAUGACUGCUCAACGUUGCGUCGCGAUGUCUGUCUCGAUGAAUAGUGACAUACUGAUGUAUCUUCGACGGCCUCAUAGCCUCUGGGCAAUAACUUUUAACUUUAAAUAAAAAGAACAUGAUAUAUUACAAUAGCUAAAAAGCGAACGGCCAGUUUUUCCGCAACAACUACAACAACAGUGUGUUUAUUACGUCGCCAUUUGAAACACUAACGUCACCUGUUCGUUCUGUCUCUAACCGUCCGUUUCGCGCGUUAAAGAGAAACAGGAAACACUUUGUGAACAAGCGGGCUGACGCUAGCCUCUGUAUUUAGAUACUGUAAUAUACACUAAGAGAAUUUCCCUCUUCUGUGUGGCUAUGGGAUGUGCUGUCUGAAUCAGGAACUACUGUGAUCAGGUUUCGUAACGUUUGGAUGUGGAUCACCAAGCAUUUGUGCAUAGUUUUGUAUUUUCACCCUAUAUGGUGUCAAAGAGUUUAUUGACCGUGCAGUUGGUGGUGAACGCUUUUCUUCUUUUCUUUUUCCGUUCCUCUUAUCCUUUUUCUGGAUGAGUCGGCCGACCCUGAGAAGUCCUUUUUCGAGAGCUGAACCUUCUCUUUGGGUGCGUGGGGUUGAGCAAUACAUAGAGAGGGGAAAUAAUGGCUCCGAUGUAAUACAGUAUGACGCUUGGCUUUUUUAAACGAGGCGCGCUGAGGGGGACCGUUGGUCUCUUUGGCGGCAACGUGAACAGGGCCUUACGAUGGACACCGGGAAACCUCUGUAUGUGUAAAAGACAUCGACAUUCGCCGUGGAAGAUAGCUUUACUGUCUCUGCCACAUAUUUUGCUAUUGGGUAAAUAUGUAUAUUUAUUGAUGAUUCAUAUGUUGUGUAUAUGUAGUGACCUAUGAUCGUCGAGGUUCAAAGAUUGCUUGUAUAUUUUUUGACUUUUUUGAAAGAGAGGUUGUGUCUCCUCCACUGUCUCUUCAUUUCUUUGCUGUUCUACAUCACUUGUUGUGAUUGGGUGUUUCGAUUUUGUGAGAUCUUUUAACCUUGGAUUUUUAAGAUCUUUUUUCUCUCUUUCUCUCGCUCUCUGCUCUCUCUCUCUUUCUCGUCUCUCUUCUGGUCAUAUUGAUAUGCAGAAGUUAUCUGAAAUUAUCAAAGCACAUUCCCUGAUUUAUUGUGUUCUUUCAGUGCUUUCAUGUUGCGACAAUACAAAGGUGUGUAUACUAACUGCUACACACGUGUAUAUAGGGUGCAUAUAUGUGUACACAUGUGCAAUACACGCUAUUUGAGCAAUCUAUUACUGUGACUAUUAAUCAUUAAAAAUUGCUGUCCCUUUGAUUCCUGC